AUGCCUAGCAUUGUGGAUACUGUCACCGAAUCGAUUGGUGCUGGACGGCCUCUUGCAACCGGACCAGACACGGUGGAAAAUCUCGCUCUCGGCCUGGAGCUCAAGUUUCUUCUGCUAGGACAGCCUCUCAAUGAGGGAGCUACUCCCCGUGACCGGUUGUCCGAGGCGCCGAUCAUGAACCGUGCUCAGCUGUAUCGACAGGCAUACACAUCGAUUGCCCGUGUCGUUGGCAGAACCAAUUUUGGGUUCGGUGGCAAUGGCAUUGGCGGCUCGUCAAUACAUCCUCGUGCCUUGAGCCGGGACGAUAUCCUUGACGCCGGCCACCAAGAGAGCGAAUAUUGGCCGACGCACUGGAUUGUCAAAAAGGCCAACUCGGUCGAGCACACAAAGGAUGACCCCAGCCCGGAUAUGGGUCGCACAAACGGCAUUGCCGUGCCGGUCGAGCUAAACUCCCCCAUUCUCUCAUGGACAGAUCCUUACUCUCCCUUCUUGGUCAGGGAGGUUGUGUCACGUAUCACCACCUUUCCGGUGGCUGUCAACUACACAUGCGACUUCCACGUCCACGUGGGACGUCAGGAUGGAAGAGCUUUCAGCCUCUCGACGUUGAAGAAACUAGCCACCAUCUUCUGGCUGGCCGAACCUAUCCUCCGCAGUGUCCGAAACCCCCACUCGCCGAACUUUUCUAACAGCUAUACCUGGGGCUUCGAGCAGCGGCGCUACAGCCGGUUGGCUCUGGCUCUGGAUUGUCCAAAGGCCGCUGGUGAUGGCUUCAACAUUGCUGAAGCAAUCCUUCAGCGCGUCCGUUCUAGGAACGGCUUGCGCCGUCACAAGGAUGACAGGGAAGACGACUGGUACCUGCACAUGGGCGAGGCUGGCCCCUCAGCAGCUCAAAACGAAGCGCUGCGGGCCAUCUGGCAGGCUGUUUCGCAUCGGGAAUUGGGUCUCCUUCUUUCGGGACCGCAGCGAAAAUAUCGACGCCUUGGCUUCAACUUCAGCGCAUUCGGGGAAGAAGACGAGAGGGCACGCACGAAUCCGCGAACGGUCGAGUUCCGUGUACUGGAAGGCACAAUGCAGAGUGAGCUGAUACUUGGCUGGCUCCAGAUUUGCGGGAAGCUCGUGGAGCUCGGGACGAAAGGCCACCAAACACAUUUCUGUGCCGUUGUGCACUAUUUACUUUCAAAACAGCACGUCUACGAGGACCUCCGUAUGCUGGACUAUCGUACGAGCAGUUUUGGUAGCUGGAACUUUGACGUCCUACCUACUGGACGGAUGGCCAACUCGACAUCGCGUUCGCCCCGCGACGUGUUGUUCCGCGAGCUGAUGGACCUUAUUGGCGUGGAGUCUGCCGCCUCUGUGCCAUUUCAGAUGAAGAUACGUCAAGAGUACGGCUGUCGUUGA